CUUUUGAGGAUGUAUCUAGACUGAUGUGCGUUCCGAUAGUAUGUCGAAGUCGCGCAAACACGAACGGUGCUGGACAACGUCCCUGAAACUGACCUAGAUGCCAAUGGAUUUUCGUUUGUGUCUCUUUAAUUAUGAUUCUGAAAAUACACCCAUCGGCGGGCCAGUGAUGUCCGUAUUGCAUCCGGAGAUGUCACGGCUCACCACGAGAUCUCGUUCCGUUUGCGCGCAGUUGGCCGGAAUUAGGUUAAGUUGACCUGGGGCCAGUCUUCUUAUCAUAGUGCAAUUAAGUGCCGCCCGAAUUAUCAACGAUCUCGUAUAUCCAACGACUAAACAUAAGUUGCCACAUAAUUCCUGUUUCCGUUCGCUGUGCACCUCUGCCUUCUUCAGGUGGAUAAUUUUGUAAUUUUGUUUACAAUUUGCACUGGGAAACUAGGAUGGACCAGGGAUGACUUCAUGUAUAAUCACCCUAUGAUAUCCAAAGACUAUUGGCCUCUUCGAUCGGAAUUGACAACUGGACUACCAUUAUUAUUUCAUUCUUUAGAUCUCGACUUCAUAGAGUCUUGAUCUGGUGAGAGCUUUCAUUCUGAUGGUAGUUCUAUUAGUUUAGCAGCAUCACCAAUCAACAUGCCACACGUCACUAGGAAGUGGGAACUGUUUCCUGGAAGAAAUAGAUUCUGCUGUGAUGGCAGAGUUAUGAUGGCACCUCAAACUGGUGUUUUCUAUGUCACAGUUUGCUUGAUUGCAGGGACAAGUGGAUUAUUUUUUGCAUUCGACUGUCCAUUUUUAGCAGUGCACAUAACACCUGCAAUACCAGUGAUAGGUGGUUUGCUUUUCAUAUUUGUGAUGGCUGCUCUAUUUCGGACCAGCUUUAGUGAUCCUGGAGUUAUUCCUAGAGCAACCCCUGAUGAAGCUGCCUACAUCGAAAAGCAAAUUGAAGUGCCAAAUAAUGGCAACUCGCCCACGUACAGACCUCCCCCUCGUACCAAAGAGGUCUUGGUCAGAGGUCAACCAGUCAAAUUGAAGUACUGCUUCACAUGUAAAAUUUUUAGGCCCCCUCGAGCUUCUCACUGUAGUCUAUGUGAUAAUUGUGUCGAGCGAUUUGACCACCAUUGCCCUUGGGUCGGUAAUUGCGUGGGACGAAGAAAUUACAGAUACUUUUAUGCAUUUAUCGUCUCUUUAGCAUUUCUGUGCGUGUUUAUAUUUGCCUGCGCCAUCACACACCUCAUAAUGCUUACGAGAGAUGACAGACCGUUCCUAGAAGCCGUCAGAUUAUCCCCCGGUAGCGUAGUCGUCGGGAUUGUAUGCUUCUUUUCUGUUUGGAGCAUUUUGGGUCUUGCGGGUUUUCAUACAUAUCUCACGACGAGCAAUCAAACUACAAACGAAGACAUAAAAGGUUCAUUUACAAGCAAACGAGGCCAGGAGAGCUUUAAUCCAUACAGUCAUGGAAACGUUUGCGGAAACUGCUUUUAUGUAUUGUGUGGUCCUGCACCGCCGAGCCUUAUUGGUAAUCAUCCAUUAACCGUUCUAGCAUUUAUACCGUCUACGCUGAAUCUUCAUUUUGAUUUGUCUCUCACAGAUCGAAGAGGCAUAGUGACGCCUGAAUACAGAGCAGAGCAGGAAAGAAUUGGCGACGAUAAUGUCAUCGCAAACAACAAAACAUACGGCACUGUUAAGAUUGUGCAGCCACAGUCUAACGGUAUGGGGAUUCCAACGAAUCCAGGUGGCGACAUAACGGGGUCAAUGAAUAACCUCGUGCCAGGUCAACACUCUCCGCGAUUGGAAUCGAUGAACGGUGAGUUGACGCUUUUACGACAUCCCUCGCGUUGCCCAGAGGAUCUACCAAAAUAUCCGCGACAGUACAUUAACGAUACUUAUGUACCUAAGUAUCCCGCGAGACGAUGCUCUCAAGAGAGCGUUAAGCACAUUAAGUAUGAGACGGGUCGUUUCAAUCCGGAUGUUCAUAAGUAUCCAUAUAUGUGUGAGGAGUCCUUGCACAAGUAUCCACAGAGGUGCAGAGAAGAAUAUCAUAGGUGCUCCGACAACAACCUGAUAUACGAUCAAUACGUCGAAGACCAAAAGUAUGCUAUAGAUCUUCAGAAGUAUCCUCAGAGAUAUUCCGAAGAUCCACUCAGGUACAAGAGUGACGAUCCGAAAGUCUAUACGGAUCUUCAGAAAUUUCCACAACGCUAUUCCGAGGAUCCAUUGCGAAUUUCUCACUCUCCACAUACUCUCAAGUACAAUAAUUUGCGGUGCACCGAUCAUGGUUUCAAAUAUCCCAUAACUAAGAGCAUUUUGCCGGGAAAAAUUUUGGGUGCUGGCGGUAUUCCCAUUAUUGGGCAUACCGCCAUAGGUCUUGUGGUAAAUAGGUUUGGAUCUGAACCACUGGCCAAUGAUCUUUCCUACGCUGAGAAUUCUUUCUGUUCAAAUGAGAGUGCGGAGGAGGAUCUUCUGAACAGGCGCUUUAUUAUGAGUUCGAUGAGCGACAAUGACGACAUUUAGCGUUCGAUGUAAGUUCUGCCUAGUCGCGUUUACAUUGAAAUUUCAAAUUUUUUUAAGGGACGAUGGAAGAACCAAAAUCGGAUAAUCGAUAGACGUCUCCGACGACUUAUACUUCUUUGACUUUCUCAUUUCCAGCACAUGGCAUUUCAUUUAUACACUCAGACCUUGGUUAACGUUACGUCGUUCAAUGCUGUUCCGUUAUAGUUAAUAUAUGCUUUUGCAAAUGCUCGGUGAAACAGUAAUUUCCCAAUUGCCCAAACCCCCUGCCGGACCGUACCACAUGUACCUCAGCUUUAAAUUAAGGACGCACCCUGAACGUUAAUCAAGGUCUUACCGUAGUUUCCUCCACAGAUUGUAAUCCUAUUACUGGAAUUGUAUUUUUAUGAUACUUCGUCUUAUCUUAUCAGUCUAGUAAAAUGAAUAAUUCGACCGGUCGUAUGUACAAACAAGAUAGCUAGAUUAGAUUUUUUCCAAGUUUGGACUCGGUCUAAGAUUGUACGGAACUUUUAGACUGUAGAUCAUAGUUUAUAAAUUGAUAAUUUUAGGAAACGAAUCAUUUGAUUUCUUUGUCGUUGACUUGGAAAUGAACGAUGAAACUAUUUAUUUUGUGAAAUUGAAAAAAUAAGAUAUUCUUAUUGAAUCGAAUCGAAGUAUAGAAUAAUAUGGUAAUCGUAGAACUGAAUCAAGGAUCAGAUUAAAAAUAUUCUUGUGCAUAGCGUCAGAAAUGUAAAACGUAAAACAUUUUUCAAGAUAUGACAAGAGUAACGAAGUUAGUGCUUUCCUUAUGGGUUCAAUAAUUUUUUUUAAAGAUUUUCAUAUUUUUUCUAUACUGCUCGUGGAUUUAAAGGACGUUUUUAAUUUAUAUAGAGUAAAUAUAAGUUGUUUAGCAUUUAAAAGAUUAUUUACAUGAUGUCUCAAUAAAUCAUGUUUCUUUGUUCUU